UAUUGUAAAAGUAAAUGUGUGAUCUACUUCGUAAAGCGGACCAAACUUGUUGUACAGACUCUGCAUCUAAGUUAUAAAGAAACUACAUAGACAUUCCACCGUAUGAGAUAGGUGCGAAAAAGUGAUCCAAGGAAUAACACUUCAGAUGGAUAAAAAAGGGGGGAAGAAAAGUUUUAUUGUAAGAAUAAGACAAAAGACCGGAGAGAGGUGGUUUGCUAUCAAUGUCGUACAGGUAUUUACACUGUCCGUUAAGCAACCAUCAAUCAAUCAAUCAAUAUCCAGGCGUGUAUUACUGGUGACACAUAUAUCACGUUAUUUGUACAUGUCGUAUCAAUAGAGGAGGCGCGAACUUGGUCCUGGUCGACAUGUCGUCUGAUGAAAAUACCAGAAUUAUUCGUAAUUUACUAGAGGAACACUUGGUCCUGGUCGACAUGUCGUGUGAUGAAAAUACCAGUAUUAUUCGUAAUUUACCAGAGGAACACUCGGUCCUGGUCGACAUGUCGUCUGAGGAAAAUACCAGUAUUAUUCGUAAUUUACCAGAGGAACACUCGGUCCUGGUCGACAUGUCGUCUAAGGAAAAUACCAGUAUUAUUCGUAAUUUACCAGAGGAACACUUGGUCCUGGUCGACAUUUCGUCUGAGGAAGGUAAAAGUAUUAUUCAUAAUUUACCAGAGGAAGUAUUGCUGAAAAUAUUCUCUUAUUUAUCACAAUAUGAAUUAUUUGUAAAUGUGAAAAACGUGUGUUCUCUGUGGAAGAAUUAUUCACUCAGUUCUUCUCUAUGGAAGCAUAUUGAUGUACAGAAAGAACUAGCAGAUUUCAAUAUGUUUUUAAGCCAAAGUAAAUCUAGUUUACUAUUGGAGAGUAUUGUGGAAGCCAUUUCAUGUCACGUGGUCAGUUUGACAUUAGAAACUGAUUUAUAUUGGAAAAUUUAUAAUACCACUCUGAGGUGUUACGAAUAUAAAGAUAAAACAUGUACAUUUGCAUUUCCUAAACUUCAUAAAUUAGAAAUGGAUAUGUCAUCGAAAUACAUCUAUCUUACAGAUUUUGAGAAAAUAGCUCAACUGACUAAUAACCUGAAAAUGUUGAAGCUUAUUUGUAAUGACAUUUGUGUUGAUAUUACCAGUCCUAUUGAUGUAUGUCAUUUAAGAAGUCUUGAAAAGUUAGAUUUGACGGUUGAGAUCGACGAAGAUGAUUGUGACAUUCAAAUUUCUAAUGACAAUUUGCAAAAACUUUUCCAAAAUGUUUCAAAUAUUACGCAUUUCAAAGCAACAUAUCUCAACAGCGACACUGUAAGAACUUUACUGAAUAAUUGUUCAAGUCUGGAAGGGCUAACGCUAUGUGAUUGUCCGGACAUUGGUCAGGAUGCUUUUGAUUCUAUACCGCUACUCAAUAACAUGAAAUCAUGGUCAAUAAAUCGAACAUACAUCAACGAUAACGAUUUAAAAGCUAUUGUACAGAAUACGCCUAACUUGGAACACCUCUCUGUUCAACAGAGCGUUUAUAUCACUGACGUAGGGUUCUCAUUCGUCGGCAUCCAUUGUAAAAAGCUAAAAUGUUUGUUUAUUGAGAAGUAUGCGUACUCCAGAGGGAGAAAUAUAACCAACAUCGGUUUAGACCACAUUGCAUGUGGCUGUCCAGACCUAGAAGUCAUUGUAGCAAAAUAUUGCGAAGGAAUAGAUGACAAUGGAGUGCAAUCUUUAGCAAAGAAUUGUGGAAACUUACUCUCGUUAAAGCUGUCAGGAUGCCCGGGGGUGACUGACACUGGAAUAGACGAUCUCUCCAAUAAAUGCAGAUAUUUGGAACAUGUGAAUUUCAAUAAAUGCGUGAAAAUUACGCAUAAAAGUAUAAAUCGUCUAAUCAGUAAAUGCCUUUGGUUAAAAACAGCAAAGUUUAACAGCUGCAAUUUUAUAUAUAAUUUGGACUUCAGAUCAUUCACAAGAGAACAAGAGGCAAACAAACAAAAUACAGAAAGGGAUUUGAAAUACAGAACAAUUCUGAACGCACAUAACAUGACCCAAAACAUAGGUCAACACUCCCAUAUUCGAAAAUUAAGCUUAAAAUUCUGUCCAAAUCUAGAUGGAAACUCGAUAAAGCAAAUUGCAGACUAUUGCCCUGACCUCCGGGAAGUCUACCUCACCGGAACUCAUAUAGUAAGUGAUGAUGCAAUACAUUACCUCCUCCAAAAAUGUCUCAGUAUAAGAAUUUUGGAUAUUUCGGGAGGUUCAACACUCGGUACAUCUAAAUUUACCAACACGGUAUUAUCAUCGGUAGGAACUCAUGGUAAAAGUAUAGAAAAGUUGAUAAUGUGCAAGAAUUACAACAUUACGAAAUCUGGAGUUCUUGAACUAUUACAUGCCAGUCAAAGAGCGAUAACUCUUUCAUUAACAGUUACAGUUGUUGACAACACUUGCGGGAUAUUAUCAUUGAAGGAUUGUCAACAGCUUCUAGCUGAAUAUGGCAAUACAAGAGCUACACUGCAAUACCAAGGAGACCGUUCGACGUAUAUAGGUUCCAUCUCGGUAAACAUUAAAAAAAAAUAACAUUAAAAAAAAAGAUUUCUAA